UCAACAAAAACACAAGCUUUACGCACUCUGUAUUUUUUUCUCUUUGGUGGCAUAGAGAGAAAGCAAGUCCAUUUCUUGAACAAUGGCGAAGUUGGAUCAAUUUGAAAACAUGUACGAUGUUGGAUCGAAGCCUCCGAUGCUUCGGAAUCUGAUUAGACACUACUUACCCGCCGCGAACCACCCUCGCGAUCUGAACACCAGCUGUUUUGAGCUUCCCAAACUGGUUUCAGUCCUUCAAACGCACCGCCUCUUGUCGGAAUCGGACUCCCACUCCGUGGACCCAAAACUCAUUAACGCCUGGAAAUCUGCCGUUGAUGAUUGGCUCGGUUGCUUGUUAUCGUUGCUCUCUAGUGACAUGUCAGAUAAAUGUUGGGUUGGAAUCUGUUUGCUUGGGGUUACUUGUCAAGAGUGCAGUAAUCAACGGUUUUUGACUUCGUACUCUGUUUGGCUUGACAACCUUCUAUCACAUAUUCAGCCUCCUUCAGACUCUCAACUUGUGAAGAUUGCUUCUUGUACCUCACUAUCAGAUCUGUUGACAAGAUUGGCUAGAUUUUUUGAGGUAAAGAAAGAUGCGAAUUCGCUUGCCGGGAAGCUCAUCCAACCUGUUUUAAAGCUCUUAAAUGAAGAUAAUGUGGAGGCUGUUUGGGAAGGAGCAGCUAGCUUAUUGUACACCCUUAUAACAUUCUUUCCAGCUUCUAUCCAUCAUUCUUAUGACAAGGUUGAAGCUGCUAUUGCUUCAAAAAUUCUUUCAGGGAAAUUUAGUACUAUAACAUUAAAGAAACUUGGCUAUUGCUUAGCAUUACUCCCAAAAUCAAAAGGAGACAAAGAUAGCUGGUCCUUAAUGAUGCAAAAAAUUUUGAUAUCAAUUAAUGAUCACCUCAACGAAGCCUUUCAAGGUGUAGAAGAAGAAGCUAAAUACGAUGAAGCUAGGAGAUUAUUGGUUACUCCCGGAAAAGAUCUGCCAUCACCUUUAGGAGGUCAUACCUCAUUGGAAGGCGGCUCUUAUAACAGAACAAGUUCUGAAAGAUUACCUACAGCAACUAUCUCUACUCUCAUGUUUUGCUGUUGUAAAAUGCUUACAAGUUCAUACCCAGUUCAGGUUAGUGCUCCAGUUCGUUCAAUCUUAGCUCUUGUUGAGAGGCUGCUGAGGGUUGAUGGUUCUUUGCCACCCACCAUGCUGCCAUUUAUGACUUCUUUGCAACGGGAGUUAAUGUGUUCAGAACUUCCAGUCUUGCAUGCAUAUAGUUUGGAGCUUCUAAUUGCAGUUAUAAAGGGGAUGCGCAGGCAACUGUUACCACAUUCUGCAUACGUUGUGAGAGUUGUUACAAGAUAUUUCAAAAUAUGUGCUCUUCCUGAAUUGAGAAUAAAGCUCUAUUCAGUCAUAAGGAUGUUGCUUCUAUCUAUGGGUGUUGGAAUGGCUAUAUAUCUUGCACCAGAUGUCAUUGACAAUGCUUUUAGUGAUCUGAAUUCUCCUGCUGGUGAAGAUUUUGAGAUAUCACCUGCGAACACUGGCCCUGCUUUGCUGCAGCCUAGCAAUAGGAAAAGAAAGCAUGGUACUAAAACUGGAUCUAUGGAGAAGCAAGGAGCUAGUCCGAAAGUUGGAGAAUCCAAUACCCAUCAAACGACUCCAAUCACUGUAAAAAUAGCUGCAGUUGACUCUUUGGAACUUCUUCUGACAGUGGGUGCUGCUUCAAAAUCUGAUAGCUGGCGAUCAAGCAUUGAUAGUCUUUUACUAAGGACAGCAAUAAAUUCUUGUAAAAGGGGAUGGGGGAAUGUGGAAAACAAUGUUUUCCUUCCCCAUGAACCAGCCUCGGUAUGGGCAGAUUUCCAGCUCUCGUCAUUACGUGCGCUCUUGGCAUCAUUCCUUGCCCCAGCUCGUGUCCGCCCGCCAUAUUUAUCUCAGGGUCUUGAACUUUUUCGUAGAGGUAAACAAGAAGCUGGAACAACGCUCGCACAAUUUUGUGGUUAUGCUUUGUUCUCUCUGGAGGUGCUCAUACAUCCCCGAGCCCUUCCUCUAGAUGAUUUCCACCCUGCUUAUCAUAACCCUACUGAUGGAGCUAGCAAUAGAUUCCCGGAAAAUACUUACUCCGGCAGUCAGAAACAAAAUUCAUUGUUUUUAAGUGCCGCUCAGAGAACAGAAGAAGGUGCUAUCAAAUCACAUGAUGAUGAUUUAUAUAACAAGUGGCUUGAAAACGAAAACAAUGCUUUCAAGGAUAUGAGGGAUACAUCUAGACCAAAUGAUUCAUCAUUAGCAAAUGUUUUAGAGGUAAGCGAACAAGAACCAGCAGCAGCUAAUGCAGAUUUGCAUAUGAGAGGCGAAGAUGAAAUCGUGGUGCAGCCCCGGCGCUUAGAAGAACCAAUUCCAAAGUCUCAGGAAAUUGUUUCUGCCAAUGCGGACACAAGUCGUCCUGCAGUUGGAACAAAUCUUGAAGGUGGUCAAAUAGAAUCUAAGAAGGUUCUUUCUGCUUCUGAUAGAUUAAAUGAUAUUGAUCACGAUAUGUUGUCUGGUGUCGAUAAAGCCAAUUUCGAUACCGUUGGAAGAAAAACCUCAUCAACCUUGCCAAAUGUAGAAAAGGGUAGUUCAUCUAUGACACAUCUGGAAAGUGAGUCAUCCAUGGACUCUUUUCCCAACAUUGUUGAUGCUGAUCCUGAUACUGAUUCUGAUUCUGACUAGGAACAUAGGGUGAGAGGAAUGGUAAUCAAUCAACUGUUUAAGUGAACGGAAUCUAUGACGACAUAGGUGGUCUGUACCAUGUUUCUUAUUAGCAAAUUUCCAGAACCAGCCGUUGCGAAUCUGAGCAAACUGAGAGGAACACAGAAAGAAGAAGAGCGGAUUAAAUGUUUCUUUUGUUUAUUUCAACAUUAUGUUUUGGAGAAUGGAGAUCGGACGGGACAUCGAUUAUGAGGUAAGGCAAGGUGACUUGAGACAACCGGUAGAAAAUAUAUAAUAUAUUCAUGGUGAUUGUUGUUAGUUGUUACCACAAGGCUAUCUUGUAAAAGAUGUGUUCCAUUGUUUCUGAGAUUGGC